AUGACCAGCAGGAAGUAUUGCUUGGUUCUAGGAUUUCUUCCUUUUUUAUGGGCCAAAUUGGGCAUUGAAGGCAAAGAGAAAGAACAGACCUGUUGUUUGCUGGGCAAGUUCGAUGUGAAUGGGUAUGUAGAUGCCAAAAAUCACUUGCUUGUUAUUGAAGGACUUUUUCUGGUUUGCUCCAGGAUCAUCCCAGCAAAUGAGUCUGUUUCGGAGCCAGUACCAGUAAAAUGUGAAGGGUUUAACUUUAGGGGGUUCUGCCUUAUGAAAACCAUGAUUCACACGAUCGAGGAGAUUACCGAAAAGGGCAUUUUACCCAUCAUCACUUUGGGCUAUCAGGUCUUUGAACUGUGUUUCGGUAUACCCAAGUCUGUGAAAGCAGCUUUCGUAGUCCUUAUGGGGCAGGAAGAAAACAAGCCCAACUUCGGAAACAGUACUGGAGCAUUUCUGGCAGGAACUGUUGGAGCAAGUGGAUCGUCCUUAACGACGGCUUCUUCAGGAGUUCCUGGGCUGUAUUAUACACCUCAGGUGGGUUAUGCUUCUACCUCCUCAAUGCUUAGUGACAAAUAUCAGCUUCUAUCUUAUCUUCAUACAGUAGCCAGUGAUAAGUUCCAGCUGGAGGCCUUGGUAAGUCUUAUCCAACACUUUGGUUGGGUCUGGGUCAGCACAAUUGCAGCUGAUGAUGAUUGUGGAAAAUAUGGAGUACAAACUUUUAAGGAAAAAAUGGAGCAUGCCAACCUCUGUAUCACAUUCUCUGAAACCUUCCCCAAAGUCUAUUCCAAUAAGAAAACACAAAAAGCUAUUGAUGCUAUAAAGAAAUCCACUGCCAGAGUCAUUGUACUUUAUGCAUCUGAUACUGAACUUAGUCCUUUCAUGCUAGAAAUGGUUUACUGUAACAUACCUGGCAGAAUGUGGACAGUGAGCGAAGCCUGAUACUUCCCAUAUUUAGGUGGAAGCAUUGGAUUUGAAAUACCAAGAGCCGAUAUACCAGGUUUAAAAGAAUUUCUUCAUGAUAUUCAUCCUGUCAUGGAUCCAAAGGAUGUUCUGACCAUUGAAUUUUGGCAAACUGCUUUCAACUGUACUUGCUGCGAUAGUAUUGUUCCACACAGCACUGACCACAGAGUGAAUAUGACUGGUAAAGGGGACAGGUUGUAUGCCAUGCCUGAUACAUUCUGUACUGGAGAGGAGACGUUGGAGGAUCUUAAAAAUGCUUAUCUGGAUGUGUCUCAGCUAAGAAUUAUAAACAAUGUCAAGCAAGCUGUCUAUUCUCUGGCUUACACCUUGGAUGGUCUAAGUCGGUGUGGAGAAGGACAUGGGCUGUAUAUGACAGGAAACCACUGUGCAUGUGUACCUGACUUUGAACCUUGGGAGUUCACAUACUAUUUGAAGACACUUAAGUUUACUACUCAUAAUGGAAUGAGAAGAGAAAUUGAUGAAAAUUGAUGAAAGACUGGAUACUAUGAUGUUCUAAACUGGCAAUUAGAUGACAAUGGGGAGAUUGCUCUGAAGGUUGGAGAAUAUAUAUUCACUGACUCUGAGUUUGAACUUGUGAUGAAAAAGGAUGUGACCGUAUUUUGGAACACCCAAUCAUCAGAGAUUAUCCUGGGACGACGUUCUUCCCUAUUCGGCAUGCACGGAUGUGUGCCGUGUGCACGGGUGUGUGCCGUGUGCAUGGAUGUGUGCCGUGUGCACCGAUGUGUGCCGUCCGGGACCCGGAAGAGGAUUCAUCAGGGGAACCAAUGUGCUGCUUUGACGCUGUCCCAGGUGCUGGUGGACACGUGUUCACGGGAACCAGGACUUCGCUACUUCUCUCUAAUCCGCGUCCAGAGGGUGCCUCUGGAGGGCAGAGCAGAGCAGGCAAAGACCAAGUUCUCUUCAGUAGGUCAAAGAGAGUGUAAUGAAUGUGGUGAAGAAUAUCAGUGAAAUGAACAAAAGAGUGAGUGUGUGCUGCAAGAAGUGGAAUUCCUUGCUUAUGAUGAGGCCCUGGGGCUUACUCUUGUCAUUCUCUCCAUCUUUGGGACGCUUGUGGUUUUGGCCUUCACAGCUGUGUAUGUGACGUACGGGCACGCCCCACUGGUGAACGCCAGCCCGGAGCUGCGCUUUCUCAUUCAGGUUUCUCUUGUCAUCACGCUGCUGUCUUCCAUGCUUUUCAUUAGCCAGUCACACAACUGGUCCUGCAUGGCCCGCCAGGUCACUCUGGCUCUGGGCCUGUCUUUGUGCCUGUCUUGCAUUCUUGGAAAGACUGUUUCAUUGUUUUUAGCCUAUAGAAUUUCCAAAUCCAAAACCCGAAUUAUAUCCAUCUGCCCCCUUUAUUGGAAAAUCAUUGUGCUAAUCUCUGUUCUGGUUGAGAUUGGAGUAUGCACAGCCUACUUACUAUUGAAACCCCCAAGGGUGUACAAGAACAUGGAAGGUCAAAAUGUAAAGAUCAUUCUGGAAUGUGAUGAAGAUUCUAUAGAAUUUUUAUGCUUUAUCUUUGGAAUUGAUGUCUUUCUGCCCUUGCUAUGCUUUCUUACAACAAUUGUGGCUUUCUGGUUGCCUGAUAGUUACUAGGAAAGAAAAUGCAUCACCUUUGGGAUGCUGGUCUUUUUCAUGGUCUGGAUCUCUUUUAUUCUUGCUUAUUUGAGCACCAAAGGCAAGUUUAAAGUGGCUGUGGUAUUUGCAAUCUUUGCAUCUGGCUAUGGUUUAUGGGGUUGUAUAUUUGCUCAUCAGUGCUUCAUUAUUUUGCUGAGGCCAAAGAGGAACACCCAUGAAUAAACUGUUGGUGGAAGAGUCAGUACUAUAGAUAAGAGCAUCCAACUGACUUCAGCCUCUGUGAGCAGUGAGCUUAACAAUACCGGGUGUCAACUGUUCUGGAAGAAUAGAGCUGUGAGUUCGGAGCUGCAGUGGUGUAGACAUAGGCAGCAGUAUGCUGAUCAUCAGAAAGAAAGGGCAGUGGAGGAGUCUGGGGUUCAAACUCUGUUCCGAGUCCUGAACCUGAGCUUCCCCGCUCUGCCCUACAAGCAUUAUGAUAUUUUUAAGGCCAGUGGGGACAGUCAUUGA